AAAAGGAGUGCGGAUCUGGGCGUCGCGCCGUACGAGGACCAGGACACUCCACGCAAGCGCCGCGCCGCGUCUCUGCCUCCGUCCGCUUCGACAGCCGCGGAAGACUCGUCUCCCGCGUCUCCGCCACCAGAGCCACCUCGGCGAGUAGGAGAUACAAACUGGUGCGACUGCGGCCGCUGCACGGCCAUGCCUACAACUCGGGAGUGUUUUUGCUGCCGUGAGCUGCCACAAGCUGUUCGGAAGCAGCCGGCUGAGUGCAUCACGGUGCACACCGACUUCUUCAAGUUGUGCCUUGACGUCGCCGUCCUCGCCGUGGCAUACUGCGAGGUCCGCGAGAAGGGUCUCGAACAUUCCCAUGAGCUCCACGAGAAGUAUCGCUUUGUGGCAUACCGGCAGUUCACCCGCUGGAUGUGGGGUCGACUGGGAGCUGGCAACAGACGAGUGCUGCCUGCGUGCGUUGUGGAGAAAAUAAGAAAAACUUUCCCCUCUCAACAAUACACUGGCCUCAAGUAUCCUCCUCUCUACUGCGCACCAGUGGAUUGCUGA